AUAGCAUCGUCAAGCUACCAACCAAUAAUUUGCUUUGUCAAUUUAGACUGUUUACUACCUGAAGGUCAGAAGCUGUAAAAUUAGAUAAUUUUUGUUAUGUUAGGAAUCCAAACAUAAAAAAAGUAAAAGGUAGAUAUUGGAAUCAAGGAGCCCUGACUCAGAACUAUUCAAAUUUUGCAUUUCAAUGCUCAAUGUUAUUCUUUGGACUCCACACUUCAGUAAACACAUUUGCAACAAAAUUCUCAAGAAGAUAGUAAAAUUAAAGGGUGAAUCGAUAAUUUUCAACCUCUCAAAAUCCUCUAGAAAAAUACCAAAAUACACCCAAUAUUCCAUGAAAAUAUUCUUAACUUCAUUUAUCGUCUAUUCGAGAGAAUCCUCAUCUCAAAGCCUUUUGAUACUUGAAACAUGUCUUCAAAGUCAUUUGCCUGAUUCCAUAAUUGACCUAACACCCAUUGAAAUUGUUCAGAAUUGUAAAAUUUUAAUUUUACUUUAUGGAUGUUCGUUUUUCAAAAAACAACUACGCAAUUUCAUAAAUGCUCACAGGGUUUUAGAAAAUCUUACAAUAAUGUUACAAAAUUCAGAAGGCUAUCUCAAUAAUGACGAGAUUUGGAAGAUUUUAAGAAUUUAUGCUUACUUUUCAAAUUAUGCAUUUCUAAGCGCACUCGAAUAUACUGGAGUUCAAACAAUAUCGGAAUAUUUACUAGCAAAAUGCAGUGAUUUUUGUUCGGACAAUCAAAUGUUAUACCCCGCUAAUAAGUACAUAAUAUACUUUGCAGAAAGAUUCGCUCCAAAUACCAAACUAUCAAAUAAAAUGAUUCUAUCUUAUAUAAGUCAAGAGCCUUCGCUUACGAGUCCAAAAAUAGCCCAAAUUAUUCCAUCAAACAAAAUUUUACACUUCAUAUGUUCGAGUGAUUACAAUCAAGUCGUAAACGCUGUUAGGAUACUCAAAAAGAAGCACUUAAAAGAAGACGAUAUGGAUUUUAUUGUGAAGCAGUGUUUUUGCCAUUUGAAGUCCGAGGAAAUCAAAAUUCAAGGUGCAUUAAGUUUAAUUAACAAAAAUGUAAAAAUUAUUUCAGCUUGCAGUGUAAGAAACAUACUAACUGAAACUAUAGCCUUCCUGAAGACAAAACAGAAGGCUCCAAAAUAUUCAGCACUUUGUUAUUUUCUUAUGAUGGAAACGUGUGUAAAUUUGGUAAGAUUUUCUACAAAUCUUAUAUAUUUUGAAAAACAAUAAAAUUUCUUAUAUAUUGAAUAUUGUGGGUAUUUUGAAAAGUUUUUUAAAUUUUGAAAUAAAACAAAUAAAUUCGUAUAAUUGAGUUUUUGAGUUUUUAUUUCGGCGUAUUUUUGUUUUACAUUUUCAUUUCAUUUUUAAUUUUUGUUUCUUAGAUCUAUUUUAUUUUUCAUUCUCAGUUUCGCGUGCCAAGUAUACGUUAUAAUAUAUAAUAUUAGUUAAUAUAUAAUAAUAAUAAUAAUUAAAGAAUAACAUGAACGCUCUGAAGAUGGUGCAUAUAGCAGAUGUUAAAGGUGUAAAGUUUUUUUUAUUUUGUUGACUGAUUGUUGCAAGUAGAAGAUUUUUAGAGGUGUGACAUUUACAAAAUAUGUUUAUUUUUUAAUAUAUUUUUAAAUUUACUUUUGUUGAAUUUAGUUAGUUGUUCAUAAAAAUGUAGGUAUUUUUUUUUUGUUUAAAGAUCUGUUUUGGAUAAAUGGUUUUAGUAGGUUUUAUAAUGUUUGUUUUAAAUUUAUAUUUACAUAGUCUGCUUGUAUAGUUAUAGUUAGUAUAAUAUUUUAAAUUAAAUAUGUAUGUACAUAAAUUAAUGUAAUAAUAAUAAAUCUAUAAAUUGCGUUCGAAUUCAUUUGCUUUUACUUUUUUUAUACAAAUUAUACUAAUUAUAUGCAAAUAAAAAUUUAAUUGUGUUAGCAAAACACAAUGAUAUACAAGUUAUAAUGUAGGUUUAGCUAAGCAUUUUUAAUAAUUUAUAAAAACGUAUUCUAUGAGUGUGUCUUUUAUUUAUUACUUUUUAUUAUUUUAGUUGUAGCUAUCUACUUAAAUUUUAUCAUUUUUAUUUGUUCUUUCUUUAUCUAUCUUUAAUUUUGUCUCAUUUGUUUAGUUUUAUUAUUAUAAUAUAAAAAUUCAGUCGAUUCACUUUUCUUUUAUUUAAAAGUAUAAGUCAUGCAAAAAUUGUUCUGCAAUUUUCUUUUUAUUUCAAAUUCAUCUCAAAUUAAAAUAUAAAAAAAAUUAAGAACAGGAACAUAAAUUAUUAAUAAGUUUAGGCGAAAUCAAGAAUAGAGUUGGAGGUGCUUAACCUUCGCAAAUAAUAAUAACACAUUUUCAAAACAAAAAUCAUGUCUAAAUAACUUAAAAAUAAAACAAAUACAUACAUUAGAGAAAUCACCCAUAGCAGAAUGACAAUUUCAAAAACGGACGAGUUUGAAAAAAAAUAUAGACACCUAUCUACGCUUAAGGAAUGCUUUGUGCGUAUUGACAAAUCAUAUCCUUUAAAUAAUCAUCACUUCCACGUUCAAAACCAUACAGAUUUUCUGAUGCAUGAAAUGGAUUCCCAGGGCUUCGAAGAACUAUGCAUUUUGUCAAUUUCAUAAGCAGGCCACGAAACUCCACAUUAAAAACGAUAUUUAUAUAGUUAAGCACUCAAUAAAUAUAAUACCGAAUACUGACUUCAUAAUUCCAAGUUUAACAUUAAUUCAAAAAUAUUUAAAUGCGGAACUCUUGUUCUUUGGUGAAAUUUGCAAUUUGUGAGUUACGAGGUUUGCUUAUGAGGAUGUCGAUUUGUAUAUUAUUUGGUGGACCGAAUUAUGUUUUUUCUUAUUUACUUUCACAGGCAGUUUCUUGAUGAAGUUCUAAAAUAAAUAUAAAACUAUGUCUAGUAAUUCUCGGCUUAUUAUUGAAACUUAGAUUUAAAUUAUUAAGAACAAGAGCAUUUCUUCACUUUCAAUCAUUUUCUUAGAACUGGAUUUAGAAUUAAAAUUGAGUUUGGACAUUAGGUCACGAUUGAAACUAAGUUCUUACGUGAAGUUUGAUAUUUUCAUAGCAACCAGUAGCCAAUUUUGCGACAAAUUUUAAAAUAUUUGAAUAAUUUGUGAGUUUUAAUUUUGGCAGUAAUCUUUUUUUAAAUACAUUUUUGUUAUUUCGAAAACAAGUUGGUAUUUUUGGCCUUAAUUUAGAAUAACAAAUCGAAUACUCGAAAAGUUGCGAAUAAUUUAGCGAACUUCGAUUGUCGCAGUACUAGUGUUCAAAAGGUUAAAGCUCUUAAGUCUAUUUGUAUAGUUUUUUAGAAAGUGGAUUUUGAAAUUGCAACUUUUGUUUAAAUGAGAUGGAUAUUAAUAAAGUGUUUUUGAUUUUAAUAAGCACAAUAUGUAAUGCAUGUAAAAAUGUUUUUCUGACAAAACAACUUUUACAGCGCUUCGUUUACUAAGUAUCCUAAGAUGUUUUAAGGUCAGUUUAAACGUUAUUGUGAUUUUAUUUCUAAUCUUUUUUUUAUUUAGCAAAUAUGGCAAAACAUCUUGAGUCAAUAGAAGAAAUGUAAAUAAAAGAUAAGUUUUGUGUUCAAAAGAUCUUAAGUUGACAUAAUUGAUUUUACUAUUGUUUAAAAUAACAUCGAACACACAGAAACUAGUAAAGAUAUUUUACCAAAAUUAUUUCUCUCUUUUAUCUGAUAAAUAAAAUAAAUAGAUGCAAAAGACGGAUCAUCCCCUUGUUAAGUUGUUUUACCUCUUACGAAACCACAUGAAGUAUACUUAAGCUAUUUUACAAAAGGUAUUCUUUUUUUAAUUUAUCAACGGCUGUUAAAAGAAAAAUAAUGUAUCGACAGAAUAUUUAAAACAAGGAUAAAUAGCUAAAAAAUACUCAAGUCGGCUUAAGAGCCUUUAGCAAUUUGAGCACAGUAAUAGCAAACUUCAACAUUAGUUCAAGAAAACUAUCUUACAUUUAAAAUGACAUAUUCUAAUUGUAAACGAUAAAUUUUACUAUUUCAAGGUAUUGAAGGAAAAACAUUAGUGUUCAAAAGGAACCCAUA